AUGGCGCGAGGCGGCAGGAGUGUGGGGCGCCCCGCGGCGGCACCGGCAGCGGCCCCCGCCAGCCCGGCCCCAGCGGCCCCGGUGCCGGCGGCGCAGCCGGCGCAGCCCGGGCUGAUGGCGCAGAUGGCGAGCACGGCGGCGGGCGUGGCCGUGGGCUCGGCCGUGGGACACGUCGUGGGCAGCGCCCUCACCGGCGCCUUCAGCGGCGGCUCCUCCGAACCGGCCAAGCCCGUGUACCAGCAGUCGCCCUACGGACCUUGCCACUAUGAGAUGAAGCAGUUCCUGGAAUGUGCUACCAACCAGAGAGACCUGACCUUGUGCGAGGGCUUCAACGAGGCUCUGAAGCAGUGCAAGUAUAGCAACGGUGUUUCUUCUCUCCUGUGAAGAAUCUGCCCCCUUGUAGGGAAAGAGGAGCCUGGUGUAGAGCCUUGCUGCCCGCAGGGAUGAGCGGAUGAGCUGGAUGGAACAGGCUGAUCAGACAGGAGUCUUUUAGUGGUAAUUCACUUCUGGACUAGUAGGGAAGGAAAGGGUUGGUUGGACCUGUGGGACUUUGGAAUUCAGAUAGUGCUGUAUUUAUUACAGAGAAAUAAAGGAGUUUAUUUGGACCUA